AUUUCCCAUAUGAAACGAGAAGCCUCGACGAGGGAUCGAGAGAGUAAGAGAGAUAUGGCGUCAGAAAAUCGGCGGCCAGAAUUGAGGAAAGACGCAGUGAACAAUAAAUGGGUAAUCGUAUCUCCAGCUCGAUCACGUCGCCCUUCUGAUUUCAAAUCAAAGUCCGACACUUGUAUUGCUGAUUCCACCAACAACUACAACGCGAGCUGUCCAUUUUGCGCCGGAAACGAGCAUCAAUGCGCCCCGGAGAUCUUCCGUUUCCCUGCGGAUUCUGCCGCCGACUGGAAGAUCAGAGUCAUCGAAAAUCUCUAUCCUGCUCUCGCCAGAGACCUCGACUCCCCUUCCACGCAUCAUACAGGUUCUGGAAUAGAGGUCCUCGCUGGUUUUGGGUUUCACGAUGUAGUGAUUGAGUCUCCGUUUCACUCCCUUCACCUGUCCGAUCUAUCCGCAGCUUGCAUAGGCGUUGUCUUACUGGCGUAUAAACAAAGAAUAACACAGCUUAUGUCCAAUAAUUCGAUACAAUAUGUUCAGGUGUUCAAGAACCAUGGUGCAUCAGCUGGAGCUUCAUUGAGUCACUCUCAUAGUCAGAUAAUAGGUCUUCCCGUUGUUCCACCUCUGGCUGUUUCGCGUAUUGCGAGUAUGAAAGAGUACUUUGAUAGAACUAACAAGUGUAGUCUUUGUGAUCUUCAAUCUAAGGAUCUUUUGAUUGACGAAUCUUCCCUUUUCAUUGCAAUCUGCCCAUUUGCUGCAACAUUUCCUUUUGAGAUAUGGAUUGUUCCCCGCGAUCAUACCUCUCAUUUUCAUGAGAUAGAUGACAUUAAGGCAGUUGAUCUUGGUAAGUUGCUGAAACUUAUGUUAAGGAAGUUGGCGUUGCAGCUGAACAACCCACCAUUUAAUUUCAUGAUUCAUACCUCUCCACUCCGGGAGGUUCCCUUGCAGUCAUCAUCUUACACCCACUGGUUUCUUCAAAUAGUGCCUCAUUUAGGCGGAGUCGCUGGUUUUGAGAUAGCAACUGGUUGUUACAUAAAUCCAAUUUUCCCCGAAGAUUCUGCUAAGAUACUGAGGGAAGUCCGUCUUCCAGAGUAAUGAUAGCUCAGUUUUGUUAAGGGAAAUUGUUGGAUUAUAUAUGAAUAAAGAUUUGAUUAACUAGAGGUUUAAUAAAAUAAAUAACAUGUUUAUCUUUUAGGAUAUUGCAUAAGAUAAAAUCAUUUAUCUUCUUUGUUGCAUCUUGCUAAAUUUGAUGAAAAAGUUGCUGACAUGGUGAUGUGAAAUUAGGCGUGGCUCCACAUGCUAUUCUUUAACAUCAUUCCGCAUGCAAAAACAGUGAGCCAAAUAUUAUAUGGAAGAGAUAAAAUCAAAUGUUCACAUAAAUGUACUAGAUAAUAAGAGGCUCUUGAUGUUCACAUAAAUGUACUAGAUAAUAAGAGGUUCUUGAGUAUUUGGUAUGUGUUACCAUAUAUUAUAUAUUAUGUUAUAGGAAGACUUAAGUGGGGCUCAAUGAUAUGAUGUGUCUUAGAAAUAAACAUAAAAAGUAAAAGACUUGUUUUUAAGUAUAAGGUUGUGUGACCCAUGAAAGAAGUGAUAUUGUUACACUGUUAUUUAAGCUAUAAGGUAAGACAGUUAAAUACUAUUUGUUUGUUUAUUAUGAGGAAUGAAAUAAGGAAAUUAUUUUUCUUUUAAA